UGCACUGCCAUUCCAUAACCCAAAACAAAAUAAAACAGAAUAAAAACCAACAUUGCAUAUAUUAUAUAACACUACAAUUGUUUUUGUUUUGUAUAUUAUAAACUAUGAAUAUUGUACUAAUCCACUUGUUCUAUGUGUUUAAAUUGAGGGCUCUAUCCAAUUUCUCAAACCACUUCUCUUUCUAGUGAAAAAAAAGAACACACGUCUGUUAAUUCCCACGAAAUGGAUUCAGUCAAGUUUCAAAACGUAAAAUCGGAGAAAGCAAACGCGAUUUCGAGGCACCGAAGGACUCAGAAACUGACGACUUUAUUCCGAUUGGUGGAGCUGUUUGUUUUCCUGGUCGUAGUCUCCAGGUUUUCCAGUCAGUUUGCUUUUUCUUUCAAUAUCUCCGGCGAAUAUUUCAGGGGAAUCUCGGUAACCCUAAUCAGCCCUAGAUUCGUUUUCUUAGUCGGAAACACGAUUAUCGUCAUUCUCUUCUUGUUAUCUUCCUCCAAGGGUGGAGAGAAUGAAAAACGACCCACUGAUUUCUACGACGAGUACGUCGAAAAAUGUCGAAACAACAACCAGCAGAUCACCCACAGCAAGCAUGUCAAAAAAUCGGCGCCGGAGGCCUACGAAUUCCAUAAUGCAAAUAAGAUAAUAAGCAAGAGCAAAUCGGAGAUCAAUCUCGAGAGGAGGGGGGCGGUGGUGGUUAAAGGGGAGGAGAGCCACCGCGAUUUGAGGCGAAGCAUGAGCCAAAGUUGCCGGAAAAGCGUGGAUUGUGGGCGGAAGAAGGCGGCGGCGGUGGUGGUGGAGGAUGAGAUGAGCGGGGAAGAAUUCCGACGGACUGUGGAGGCUUUUAUUGCACGGCAGCAGAGGGUUUUGAGGGAGGAAGAAGAAGAGUUUACAGCACUUGUUUCAGUUUGAAACAUGGAUGUACGUGGUGCUGUUUCUCUUGUACCUUUUUUUUAAGGUUUUUUUUUAAUUAUUUUUUUUCCUUCCUAGUAACUUUCACAAGUCUUGUUUUUUUGAGUUCCUGGUAAUACGGAGUUACUAGUAUGAUAAGUGAAUGGUAAGAAGUACAACUACGUACUGUACAUAUAUAUCAUUCCUAUCAAGUACGUAUGACAUGUAUAUAUAUGGGAACUUUUAUUUCACCAA